AUGUUCUCCACAGAGGACAUCCUGGAGAUGUACAACUUGUUUCCUCCGAUCAAUCGGUCUCUAUCAGAAAAGUCCGAAGAACUUCCCCUACUGAUCCAAACCAAUAGCGGGUAUGGUUUUGUUACAGCGCGCAGCUUGCACCAAGAAUUUGAACGUUUGGUGGACAUGGGAGCUGCCAGAAUUUCUGUUUCAUCCGCUAGUAACGACCUCAAAGUUGACUUCAAAGUCGUACUACAGCUGGUCAAGGGAAAUCCUGUCUUGGCUUUGUUGAGCCAAGACGGCAACAGCAUCGUUGCGAGACAAGAGCGAGACGCAAUCGUGAAGGAUAUGGUGGAAGCGCUGGCCAAGGAGCUGGUACAUAAGGCGAAAUUCACCCAGUCACACGAUCUCCACCAAGAGAGCCUCGGAAGUGUCCUCCGGAUUUCGAGUAUCAAAGAGAUUCUCGCAGAAGAUACAGACGAUUACCUGCUGAGCAAAACAUACUCGAUCGCUUUAGUUGAUGAGAUCGAUCAGAGGCUAAAAUCAGGACUAGCCAACACAGAAACAAUUGAGUUGCGAUCACAGUCACUUCCAGGAACGCCUCCGAUAUGGCUCAUACGGCAAGGCCUUGACCAGAUUUCACGCCUUGAUGAAGAGGGAAAUAAUUAUGUAUCACAAUUGUACAUCGAAAAGGAGGCUGAUGUGAUUCGUUGCAUACCUAAAAAGUCCAUAUUGAGCCAACGAGACGAACUCAUUGCUGGGUUGCAAUCAGGAGAGAUCCUCUUUCUUGAUCUAGGGCACUUUGGCCGAACUUUUGGAGAGACGUACCCAUCGUCUCAAGCCUUGGAGAAACAUUUUUCGGAGUCUCCCUCAAUCACCGUCUUAGGCGCUUUCGCAAUUUCUACGGCAAGGAUUUCCAAAGUUGCUGGUGAGGCUGAAAGCAAGCUUGGUCAUCAGGGCUACCUUGACCUGAACGCCAUUCUUCCAUUUGAGGUCCCUCGCGAAAUUGGGGGUGCUGUGCUAGACAGUGUGACGCAAAUGAUUCUAACCGCAGAAUCAGACGAUGGUAAAUCGAUUCGCCAACUCGGAAACUACCUCCUGAAAGAGGAAUCAUACAACAUUCAGCAACAAGCACUAUUGAACAUCGCCAAGGCUCAAGCUGAACGACAGUGGGAUCUACUCAAAGAAUUACCAGACAAAGAUCCCAAGUUCCAGAUGGCGGAAUUGCUAGCCUUGAUUCCAGAUGACGAACAAGUGCUACGCACCGUCGCACAGCAGAAAGAUUCUGAGAUCGCUGCCGCAGAACAUUUUUCAAGUGAGAUAUCUGAACUAGAGUCGAAGAAUGAGAACGACUUCUCUACGUUUUGGACUGAGAAGAUGUCACCACGAGUUUACAAUUAUCACGAAGGCCUAAAAUCCGUCGAUGAGGCGAAGCUUCAUGAUCAACUUGCCGACCUAUUCGCAAAUUAUCUACAGAAAGAUUUGGUACCGGACGUGCUCGCAAAAGCGCGGUCACAAGGUCUGGUGCGCAGCAGAAGGACGCGCAAGAAUGUCAACAGAUUCGAGGCAACGUUGAAGGCGAGCAAAUCCGACCUCUCUGGCAUACUCUCAACGUUUGAAAAGUUCAGCAAGAAGCAAGGUCUUCCGGAAACUGGUCCAGAAGCUGCAGAAGAGGCGAAAAAGGUAGCAAUACAGGACAUGGUGCGACGAAUGCAGAAGCCUAAGACCGAUGCACCAUCGAUGUUCCUCAGCUUAUUGGUCGUUCUUUUUGCAAAACACCAUCCAGGCGUGGUCUAUGCUACAGGGAAGUUCGCACCGAAGUUGCUCAAGCAGCUGAGGACGAAAUUGGUAGGCGAAGAGUACGAGCAGGUGGAGAAAUGGAAAGAGCAAGCGAAGGCAGGCACAUUGACCAAGGAGGAUAGAGAUUUCAUGGUACAGAUGGCAGACCGAAGAUUUUGA